AUGGUCAACUUCAUCACCUCUCUCACCUUCCUCCUCACCGCCGGUACAUCCGUAGCCGCCAUCCCUCAAAACCUCGAAGCUCGCUCCGACACAACCUGCAGAGACGAUCUCGGUGACGAUUCUUUCGGCAGUGCCGCUGACGCCGUCUACUGCAUCAACUACCUCGCCAGCCUGAACCAAGCCUGUGUCGGCCACGUCUCUGGCCAGGCUUUCUGCAAGCGCGGCACCACCCAGAUCACCGGUCUUACUCUUCGUGGUACCUCUUCUUCCUCUUGCAAGGAUGUUGCUCGUGGUGCUGGUUUGAUCAUGGACAAGUGCACCAAGCCUGAUGGACGAGUCAAGGGUGCGAACCCUGCUUGGGGUAACGGAAACCUUAUUAUCGAUAUUCGACACGUUUAG